UAUAUAUGAAUAAAUAUAGCAUUUACAACUAUUAUAUAUGCAUUUAAAAUAUUCAAAGUGAUAACCAAAGGAAAACAACGUUGGUAUCCAACAACAACAUUCGUAUAAUUUAAAUAUAAACUCUACACCAAAAACAAUAUAUGGCUACAACACCUAAAUGAGUUAGGGCUUAGCUGUCACGUUUGGAUUGAUAAGUUAUAAGAAAAAGAGAACGUAAGAUGGAGGCCACGAACAAGUCGCAAGAUAAGAAAAAAUAAAGGUCAAUUAAUUGUUUAUGAAAGCAAAAAAUACUAACAUAAGAGUAUUGUUUAACCAAAAGUGUUUCUACGACUCUUUAAUUCUAGUUUACAAAAGAAGAAAUUAAGCUUAGCAGAGAGUAGAUCUGAGUCAGACGAUAAUGUUGUUUUCGGACAAUAAAAGUUAGGUUCCUUAAAUUUUCUAAUAUUAUCUCCACAUGAUCACACCAAUACACACAACACAACACUCCUUAAUUAUCGUAUAUAUAAACAUUUAUUCUCCACUUAUUUCUUCAAAAUAGACAGGCUUUGUUCUCUGGACAAAUCCUCAAAAAAUGAACAUGGAAGAUCAGUUUCCUAAAAUAGAAACUAGCUUCAUGCACGACAAGCUCUUGUCUUCUGGAUUCUACGGGAUCUUGAGUUCUUCAACGCCACCACAACUUCUCGGUGUUCCAAUAUUCUUGGAAGGUAUGAAAUCUCCUCUUCUUCCUUCUUCUUCGACUCCGAGCUACUUUGUGUCGCCUCAUGAUCAUGAGCUCACUUCUUCUAUUCAUCAACCUCCGAUAGCUUCUGUUCCUUGGAACUUUCUAGAAUCUUUUCCUCAGUCUCAACGUCCUGAUCACUUUCCUUCUAAACCUCCAAACCUUACUUUGUUCCUUAAAGAACCAAAGCUUCUAGAACUUUCUCAAUCUGAUAACAACAUGAGCCCUUACCAUAAAUACAUUCCAAACUCUCUUUAUCAAUCAGAUCAAAAUAGAAACGAGUGGGUAGAGAUCAAUAAAACCCUAACCAACUAUCCCUCAAAAGGUUUCGGAAACUAUUGGCUAAGUACCACCAAGACUCAGCCCAUGAAAUCAAAAACAAGAAAGGUUGUCCAGACGACAACACCAACAAAGCUGUAUAGAGGAGUGAGACAAAGACACUGGGGCAAAUGGGUCGCGGAGAUUAGGCUUCCAAGGAACAGAACCCGUGUUUGGCUCGGUACUUUUGAAACCGCUGAGCAAGCAGCAAUGGCUUACGACACAGCAGCUUAUAUCCUGCGUGGCGAAUUCGCACACCUCAACUUUCCCGACCUAAAACAUCAGCUCAAGUCCGGUUCCUUGCGAUGCAUGAUCGCCUCGCUUUUGGAGUCCAAGAUUCAACAGAUAUCCUCUUCCCAAGUAAGUAACUCUCCUUCUCCACCUCCUCCUCCAAAAGUGGGAAUAUCAGAGCCAAAGAAUCAUCACAUGAAGAUGGAGUCAGGAGAAGAAGUGAUGAUGAAGAAACAGAAAAUUCAUAAGGAAGUGAUGGAAGGAGAUGGUGUACAAUUGAGUAGGAUGCCUUCUUUGGAUAUGGAUCUCAUUUGGGAUGCUCUCUCAUUUCCUUAUUCUUCUUGACUUUAAAUUAAUAUGUCACAAGCUUAAUUACUGCUUUCCUUUUUUUUAUAUAAAAAUUCCAAAGAAAGAUAUUCAUAAUAUGAUGCCAAGAUUCAAGAUUGGUUUUCAUUUGUUGUUAAACACAUUGUGUUUUUUCUUACGACCACAUAAUCAAGUGGUUCUCCUU